CCGUCAUGCGUUGAUUAGCGCUGGGGCUCAGAGACGAGCAGGACUUUACUCCGGAGCGACUCUCCCGUUCCCUCCGUACUUCCCGCUGCUUCCUCGGUGUUUCCACGGUGUUUUCUCGGUGUUCCGGUGUUUGUCCAGUGGUAUCACGUGUUCUCGGUCGCUCUCACGAUGGUGAAAGUUUCUUUUAACGCGGCUCUGACGCAGAAAGACGUGAAGAAGGACGUGGAAACUCUUCUUCCUACGGAGGACGCGGAUGCGGAGGCAGCUGUGCCGGUGCGUCACCAGUCCCGGGCCUGGUGCUGGUGCAUGUGUCUGGGUCUGGCCCUCAUGUUGUCUGGAGUGGUGGUGGGUGGAGCGUACCUGUACCGCUACUACAUCCUGGAGGAGAGUCCAGUGUUUGUGUGCGGAGUUCACUACCGCGAGGGAGACUUCAUGAUCCGAGAGGAAGAGGAGGUGGGCGUGGAGCUGCCGAACCAGUUCCACCUGCGACAGCUGGAGGAGAGGAUCCGGGUGAUGGAGAAGGAGCAGGUUGAGCUCAUCAGCGUCCCCGUGCCCGAGUUCGAUGACGGAGACCCGGCCGACAUCGUCCACGACUUCCAGAGGAGGUUGACUGCCUACCUGGAUCUGAGUCUGAACAAGUGCUACGUCAUCCCGCUCAACACCUCCAUCGUGAUGCCUCCCAGAGACUUCCUGGAGCUGCUGGUCAACGUCAAGGCUGGAACCUACCUGCCCCAGUCCUACCUGGUCCAUGAGGAGAUGAUAGUGACGGAGCGCCUGGAGCAUGUGGAGCAGCUCGGCUACUUCAUCUACAACCUCUGCCGCGGCAAAGACACGUUCAAGCUGCAGCGCAGAGACAGGAUUCUGGGCAUGCAGAAGCGUGAAGCUCUGAACUGCCACAAGAUCCGUCACUUCGAGAACACGUUCGUGGUGGAGACGCUGAUCUGCGAGGCCUAGACGCCGGCUCCUCGCUGCUCGUCCAGUCAGUGGAGGGCAGAGGGUUUCUAUUCUCACCUGUUUCUUCUGUCAUCAGGUAGCUCGAGUGAGUGAGUGGGGGGGGGGGAUGGAAGCUGUUUGGUGAAUAAUCAGUGAUUGUGAAAUAAAAGGUGAAGAGUCAAGUGUUUUCCACUUUCUGAUGGGGGCGGCAUUAUCUUUCAUAACUAGUUAAAAUCAGCUGAGUAUAAAAUAGUAAAUUAUUUUAAUCAAGGUAACAUUUAUAGCACAAACACGUUAUUUUAGCACAUGUGGGUAAAUAAACAGUUUCUCUUUCAGUCCAGAUUAAAUUUCAAAGUAAAGGAUUAACUUUUUGUACGACUCUUCUUGGUUUUUCAGUCCAGAGACUCUUGUGUUUUUGUAUUUGUCUUCUUUAGUUAUUAAUUCACUGCAUCUGUUCUUUCUUAACUGGAAAAUGGUCUUAAAAUAAGAGUGUAAACGUGCUGCUCUCGUUUAGCUUCGACAAUAAAAAGUGCAGCGUAAGGAAAACAGGAAGUGGAGAGAGAGCUCACAGGAAACACACAUAUUUUUCCACCAGAGUUGUCGGUCGUUUUGUUUUGAAUGUUAUUCUUUGGAAAACUCUUCUUGUACUAAUGUGUAUAUAAUCUCUUAAAAGGAUGUGACCAGACCAACACAAUAAAAACAAUAAAAACAAA